AUGAAGCUCCCGUCGUGGCUCACCGCCGUGCCGCCGGACCCUCGGGCGUACGGCCACCUCGUCCAGCUCUGCGCGGACUCCGGUCACCUCGCCGCCGGCCGCCAGCUCCACGCCCGCCUCGUCGCUCUCUCAGUUACGCCGUCCAACUUCCUCGCCUCCAAGCUCAUCUCUCUCUACUCCCGCGCAGCCCGCCUUGACGACGCACGCAGGGUGUUCGACGCCAUCCCGCAGCCCAGCGUCUUCGCCUGGAACGCCAUCCUCAUUGCACUCUCGCUCCACUCGCCCGAUCCCUCCGCCGCGGUGCGCCUCUUCGCCACAUCCGGCAUCUCUCCCGACGAGAUCACGCUCUCUGCGCUCCUCAAGUCGCUCGCCGAGUCCGGACCGAGGCUGUCUGCACUCGUCGCUGCGGAGCUCCACGCCGUCGCGGUCCAGCGCGGCUUUGGGGACGACCUGUUCGUGUCCAAUGGUCUCAUCACCGCGUACGCGAACGCCGGAGAUUCGCGGUCUGCUCGCGUGAUAUUUGACGAAAUGCCGCGGCGAGACGUGGUGUCCUGGAACUCGUUGAUAUCGGCUUACGCUCGUGCAGGGUGGUACCGGGAGUGCCUGCAGCUGUUUCAGGAGUUAGCGAGCGUUCAUGAUGCUGGUGGUGUUAGACCCAACAGCAUCACGGUGGCUAGUGUAUUGCAUGCUUGUGCACAGCUCAAGGCUGUCGAUUUUGGGGUUGGGUUUUAUGCCAAAUGUGGAAGGUUGGAGUAUGCAAGAGAGUUGUUUGAAGGGAUGCCUAAGAAAGAUGCGGUCAGUUACAGUGCCAUGAUUACUGGUUACAUGAACCAUGGGCAUGUCGACAAGGGAAUGGAGCUAUUCCAGCGAGCAGAUGCUCAAGGUAUCAGCAUUUGGAAUGCAGUGAUUGCUGGAUUGGUUCAAAAUGGUCGCCAGUCUGAAGUGCUUGGACUACUGAAUAAGAUGAUUGGUUCUGGAAUUCUACCCAAUUCAGCCACACUUUCAAUCAUCAUUCCUUCAGUUGAUUUGUUCGCCACCCUACUGGGAGUGAAGCAAGCACAUGGCUAUGCGAAUCAGAAACAACCAUGA